ACAGUAGGCUCAGCAGGUCCUUCCGCGCGUGCGCAGCGCUUGUGUUCUGGCUCCAGAAGUUUCCAAUUCGUCGGCGGCGGCGGCGCAAUGGCGGAUGAGCGUGUUUUUACGGACGAAUGUGUAGCCGAGUGCCCGGAGAAAGCUGUGGAGGCGUUGAAUGCAGCAGUGGAACUGGAUUUGAAUGUUGCAGAAAAUUAUUGCCAAAGAGCCUAUGCACAUAUAUUGCUUCGGAAUUUCAAAGAGGUUGUGAAAGACGCCAGCAAAGCCCUCGAGUUGAAACCAAACUAUGCUUUAGCACAUCUUAGGAAAGGAAUUGCAGAAUAUCACUUAAAAAUGUAUCAGUCGUCACUGGAGUCUUUUACAAGAGGACAUGAGCUAGAUGCUGAAAAUGACAGCUUUAGCUCUUGGAUCAAAACUUGCAAAGGACACAUGGAAUCAACGGGGCAACAGGAUGGAAACAAUGAAGAAGAGACACACAAACAUCCGAUGACAACACGCCAAAUAAAACAUGAUUGGUACCAGACAGAUUCUCAUAUUAUUAUCACAAUAAUGAUCAAGAAUGCAAACAAGGAUGAUGUGAAAGUUGAAUUUGCUGAAAAAAGCGUGAGUGCAUCGGUGAAGUUUUCACCAGAAGAUGAAUAUAGUUUGAAACUCCAUCUUCUACAUCCCGUUAUAGUUCAGUGUUGUGCUGUCAAAGUGCUGGGAGCAAAGAUAGAGAUAAAAAUGAAGAAAACUGAAGCAAUGCGGUGGGAAAAGCUGGAAGGAGUUGCACCAGAUGUAAAACACAUCAUGCCAGAACAGCCGCAACCAUAUCCUUCCUCAUCUCACAACACAAAGAAUUGGGAUAAACUGGUAAUGGAGAUUAAAAAGGAAGAGAAUGAUGAAAAACCAGAGGGAGAUGCUGCUCUAAAUCAGCUCUUUCAAAAGAUCUAUGCAGAUGGCUCUGAUGAAGUAAAGCGUGCUAUGAAUAAAUCAUUUACUGAAUCUGGAGGCACUGUUCUGAGCACAAAUUGGACAGAAGUAGGCACCAAACCAGUGGCUGUAAAUCCCCCAGAUGACAUGGAAUGGAAGAAGCUUUGAAUACUGAACUUAGCAUGUUGAUUUCCACCAAUAAUUCAACUUUAAAAAGCGCAUACAAAUCUUGUGUCUGUCCAACACUCUAGUUGUCUUUGCCUUAGCCAUAGAUGAUCUUUGCAUGGUUUGGAUGAAUUCUUUGGCUUGACAUUAGUGUUAGAGGAAAUUAAAGAUGUUUUUUCACUUUAGUUUUUAAUUUUAAAAAUGUGAACUGUUUCCUACCACAGAAUAAAUUGACUAUAUAUCUAUAUA